UAUAGCUUUAUUUAGAGGAUAAUAGAGUAUGAUAAAGAAUAUACACCGCAAACGCAGUACACAAAGAGUACCCUUGAGUUUAUUGACCUCAAUUGUAUCAUGCAAAUAGUGUUUGGCUUUACUGACCUCAAACAGCUGGCAUCAUUUUUAUACUGAUGGAUGUUUUUCAACAUAUGCAAAUUCUCUUUACGAAUGAUUUUCUAAGAAGACGUUUUCAAUGUUAUUGUAUGAUUUAUCGAUGUAUCGAAAAAUUAUGAAGAACGAUAAAACUCGUUUAUAAAAAUGUUUGACGUCAUGAUGUAAAUUUAAAUCACGUAGAUUUAUUACGUAUUUAUCUACUUUGGCGACAUUGUUGAGCUGAAGCACACACAUGUAUAUUAUACGUUCAUGCAUUCAUGUGUCGAAAAUGUCUGACGUAGAAAGAACUCGUUUUAUGGUGAUACUUGGCUGGUGCUUGUUUAGCGCUUUGUUCGUUGUACAAUCCGUGAUAUUUGCAGUUUUGCUCAAAAGAUAUCACAACUUGCCAUCGCUUAUAUCAUGCAUUUCUUUAUACUUCCUCGCUCUUGCGGUCAUAGUUCUCAUGCUGUUCAUGUUGCGGAAGAACGAGGCGCUUUAUGCUGAAGGAGAUGAAGAAAUUUGUUAUGUUUGGAUUGUUUGCAAUGUUUAUAUUGUUGCUUACACCGUAUCUGUUGCAAUGAUAUUCUGUAAAGUCGCCAAAAAUCUUACCAAAGAUAUGACUCUUGGUAUCAACACAUUGAAAGGAACACUUUCCAUUGCUCCUAUGCUGUUAAUUCUCAUGUUACAGUUGACCAUUUCUCCAAUAUAUCGUAAAGAUGUUUUAUCACUGUCUAUAUUUUCUGCAUUGAAUAUUUUUGAUGGCAUCGAAAUGUUGGAAGUCAUUUUGAUGCACCAUGAAGGACUAUUUCCUUUAAACAUUCAUUUGGAAAGGGCCAUCAUUACGUUCGCUUGUAUGUCGUUUUUAAUCUCUUCUCUUGCUCUCUUUCGAAAUAAGUUUAAGACGGAUGGAACCGUCAAGAAAAGAGAAAGAACAUCAAUUAUCAUUGGUUUUAUCGAGAUGAUUGGCAUCAAUUUAUCUUUUCUCAUUUUACGUUCCAUUGUUUGGCAUGAUUAUAAAUACGAAGCUUCAGUGUUUAUAGCUAAGAAUGUCAUAUCUUUAGUUGUUGGCGUUGUGGAGUUAUGUCUUCUGAAAAAGUGGAUAAAAUGGGGUGUUGAGGAUGGUUUUGCUGAAAAUAUUGACGGUUUUACUGAAAACAUUGAGGAUGGUUUUUUUGAAAACAUGGAGGAUUGACAUCACAGCUUCAUAUCUAGAGAAGUUGGACAUAAUAAAUUUCGUGUACCUUUACAAAGGUGUAUAUGUAGGAAAGUUUUUUUGUGACUACAACACCAACGUUGAUUUAUGUACAGUAAUAUUUAAAGCUUGUAGUUUUGCCCUAAGCCAAUUGUGUAUGACAGUAAAACAUCACCAGGGAAACAUAAAAGAAUCAAUAAAUCUUUGAGUUCUGAAA